CGGCAACGCCUUAUUCUUGUUGGCCGGUUAUUGUUACACCAUAUAAUCUUCCUCCUGAUAUGUGCAUGACAAAACCUUACAUGUUCUUGAGUUGUAUUAUACCAGGACCUUCAAACCCAACAGAUGGAAUUGAUGUAUAUUUACAACCAUUAAUUGAUGAUUUGAAGAGGUUGUGGAUUGGUGAAUUGACGUAUGAUAUUGCGAGGAAGGAGAAUUUCACAAUGAGGGCAGCUUUGAUGUGGACUAUUAACGACUUUCCUGCAUAUGGCAUGUUGUCUGGUUGGUCGACUCAUGGUAAAUUGGCUUGUCCCCAUUGCAUGGAACACACAAAGUCUUUUAACUUGAAAAAUGGUGGAAAGGCUUCGUGGUUUGAUUGUCAUCGUAGGUUCUUACCAGCAAAUCAUCAAUUUCGGAAGAAAAAGAAUUUGUUUAAGUUAGACACAACAGAAACUGAUGGUCCGCCUCCUAAGAUAACAUCAUACGAUGUAUUUCAUAAAGUCAGUGGACUUGGACUAUUGAAACAACGUUGUGUUAUUUUAUUGUGAGUGGUUUGACCCAACUAAUAAUGGAACAAAAAUUGAUCCAAAACACAAAAAUGUUGAUAUACGAAUGGAUAGACGAUAUAACUCAUUUGAUCCGUUCAUCUUGGCAAGUAAAUGUUCUCAAGUGUAUUAUGUACCUUAUCCUUCUCAUCACCGAGCUAAACGAGGGUGGUGUUCUGCUAUCAAGACAAAACCAAGAGGUCAAAUUGAAACAGAAGUUCCGGAUAUUGAAGUGCCUUACCAAGAUGAUGAAAUGUCACAUGUUCCGGAUGUGAUUGAAGUAGAUCCGAUUACAAAUUUGGUUGAUAAAGAUGUUGAUGGUCCUCAAAUUGAUGCUCAAGUGUUAAUAGAAUUGUUAAACAACAAUGAGGAUGAUGCAAAUAACUCCGAAGACAAUGAGGAAGAUAGACAUAUAGACGAAGAAGACAAUGAAGAUGGUAUAUUUUGUAGUGAUGAAUAAGACUUGA